AUGAAUCUGUCUUUGAAGCUGCAGAGCCCCGAGGAUUACAAGAUCUUUGCCGCGGGCUUCCCCUACGCCGACAAAUGUCCCAAUGGCUUCUUAGGACCGACGGCAUACUCUGCGAUCUUCUUAGAGCAUCAGGGAAAGCUUGGGAUGGACCUUUUGGACCCAUGCAAGAGCUAUCACCGUCAUCUAGCUGCCAGUGCACUGUCGACUCCAUCACACGACAUCAGUAAAUGCCACAGUGUUCAUAUCCACACCCCAAACGAAGCAGCUAUUAGAUUGGCAUUGAACAUCUUGAAUGCUUUGCCAAGCCAGGACGUAUGUGACAGACUCCUCGACCGCUACGUCGUGUUCGAGGAUCUUGUAACGCAUAAGCCAACCCUAACGUUUGCUCACAAAUCGCUGUGGGACACGUAUGGUCCGUAUCUCACAGCACCCAAAGACCCCAAAAAGCUUUCGUUCGUCUCGGAGAAAAUGUGCCGCAAUGCUUUCUGCUACCUACUAUGGAAGAGACACGGUACCCUGGUCUCAAGUGUCACGGCCCUUGGCCUCCACAGGGUUGUCGACGACGGCAUUCCAGACACGUUCAUGAUAACGGAGCUCCACAAAAGACAGUUCGCCAGAGUGUUUGUCCGCGAAAAGACAGUGGCAUCCCUGACAGGAAGACCGCCUCUACUGGGUCGUCGACAUAGUACAUGCCAACUCCCACUGGACCUGAGCGACGAGCAAUUGAUGGCAGAUGAACCAGAGUUGAGCAACAUAAAGAGCAAACUAGACGCGAAUGGGUGGAACACCUCAGGAGAACUCUACGCAUCAACGUGGGCUCGCGCUCUACUGUUGAUGAGCCUCGUUCGGGAAGAAGUCCUCGAGAUCUCGCUGAGCAUAUCGGACGACUGCUCUGAGCUCCUACCAGAGUAUGCUUACCCGGAGCCCAAGCUGAGUAAGACAGGACAGCAUUGUAGCCAGACCAUGCGGCGUUGCGAAGAACUCUACGCUCGUAUGCCGGAAGGCAUUCGCUUCAAAGCCGGUAAAAUCCCUACAUCCACUCACGUCUUACCUCGCCAGAUCGGUCUCCAUUUGGUCUAUCUACACUCUCUGUUCCUUCUUGAGAGGCUCUCUAUAUCUCGCACAUAUGCAAGCGGACAGCGACUGGUGGAUCUCGCGAUACAGAUUCUCGAUGACGUUCUAACCCUGUAG